ACAUGAUCCUUUAUUAAUUGCUCGAUCGAUCGGUAAAUAUGGUUUUGCUGAAUUUUUCCUCUCUAAGAGAACCCUUCCAAAUCCUGACAAUCACCCUCCUCAGCCUCUUGCUCCCACUCUCCUUUCUCCUCCUUUCCAGGUUCUAUAUUCUUCACUAUCUCCUAAGCUUCAACUCUUAUCCUCCACCGCAGCUUUCUUCUUUUCUCUUCUCUUUCUUCCUAUAUAUCAACCCCAGUGUUCUCUGUCUUAUUGUUUCCGUUGUUUGCAUAGCAACUCUUACAAACGGCUUGACGACAGGUAAGCUUACGUUUCUGACCGAGUCGCCGGCCGGCCGUUUGUACACGGCAUGGAUAUUUGUAUGUACAUUGCAAGUCUGUGUUGGUCUGGGGAUAGAGGGAGCCAUAGCGGCCGGAGUUGAAGCCCCCGGUUUAAAUAUGGGGGAGAUAAGCUUGCUGAGUAAAGUUAUUUUUUUCUUCGGGUUGCAUGAAACGACGCUUCAUUGGUUUAGAGUGGUGGUGAAGCCGGUGGUGGACGACACCGUUUUUGGGGUUGCUAGGGAGGAAAGGUGGGCUGAGAGGGUGGCAUUGGCGGCGAGCUUCUGUAGCUUGUGGUGGUGGAAGUUGAGGGAAGAGGUUGAGUUUCUGGUGGUUUUGCCGGAGUUUAAGAGAGAGCGGCUGAUGGGUGUUGGGGUGGCUGACUUUGUUGGGUGGUGGUUGUAUUAUCUGACUGUAACAAUUGGGAUGGUCAGAGUUGUGAAGGCUAUUUUGUGGCUUGCCAUCCUUCUGCUAUGUAGAAGGCCGGUGAGAGGGAAGUCGCCGCCUGCCUCUGACGGGGAUGAAGACAAUGUCUAAAUUUGAUUUUUUGUAGUUAAUUCUUUUACUACUCUUGCAUGUUUACUGUUCUCCAAUCUAAGGCAUGCAUCCAACGUGGUGUUUGUUCAUUAUUUCUCAUCUGUGGUAUGGUCGCGCGCACGACUCGCACCUGAUCUUACAACUGUACUAAAAUCCAAUUUAUUUAUGAUUUAUGAUUGCUCAGUUA